AUGAAGAUUGCAGACCGCACCUUCAUCGUCUCCGGCGGCGCAUCCGGGCUGGGUCUAGCAACCGCAAAGGACCUUCACAGCCACGGCGCCUACGUCUCGAUACUGGACAUGGAUGCCGAUGCCGGGGAAGCGCUGAUCAAGGAGCUAGGAUCACGGGCUGCGUUUUUCGCGACAGAUGUGUCGGAGACAGAGAGUAUAGCUGCGGCGGUCAUAGAUACCGUGGAGUGGGCGCGGCGGACUGGGAAGGAGCUGGGGGGUGUGCUCGCUGCUGCGGGGGUGGGGAAUCCGGGGAAGGUGGACCAGAUCAUCGACAAGCACAACGAGCCCCUCUCCCUCUCCUCCAUCGAUUUCGUCCUCAACAUCAACCUCCGCGGCACACUAGAUCUAAUCCGACAAGCCCUGCCCCAUAUGGUCGCCGUCACGCCCCUAGAGCCUGACAACGAGCGCGGCGUCCUCCUCCUCGUUUCCUCCUCCGCCGCCUUCGAUGGUCAACCCGGUCAAGUGGCCUACGCAGCUUCCAAAGGUGCGAUAGCAUCCCUGACGCUUCCUCUUGCCCGAGACCUCGCGCGGUAUGGCAUCCGAGCGGUAACGAUAGCACCGAGCUUGUUCGAGAGCAAGAUGACGAGCAUGCUGGGCGAGAAGGCGAAGAAGAGCUUGGAGCGUGUGAUGGAGUUUCCGGUGCGGGCGGGGAAGCCGGAGGAGUUUGCGCGGUUGGUGAGGGAAGCCAUCGAAAACCCUAUGCUGAACGGGACCGUAAUUAGGUUGGAUGGUGCAAUGAGGAUGCCGAGUAAGAUGUAG